CCUAUAGGCUAUAUGCACACUCACUUCCGCAUUCCAAGUCGGCCAGCCAGGUUACAUCCGGCGUCGACGGCGCACAUAGCGUCAAUAACAACUAUGGCAUUUUUCACUCGGUCCCUUCAAGAUGUCCCAAAGGUAACGGUCAACGACGUGAGUCGAAUCAUACAAAAGUUAUGUCACACUUCGACAACCAAGAAAGAGAAGGGCUUCAAAUUGUAUGUGUCAAGCUACAUCCACAAUUUUGAAGAUUGUGCUUGGGGAUGCCCGUCCUGUGCAGCUACAAAGCUGCCAGUGUACCUGUGUGGCAGGUACAGCUGUGUGUAAUCAUGUGGCAGCACUGUUGUACCAGACUGCACAUUAUUGCCAGCUUAGCAUCACCUCUGUUCCCCCAACACACAGCUGCACAGAGACUGAACAGAAGUGGCAUAAGCCAAGAUCCAUGGGUGUUAAACCUGGUCUUGUAAAUGACAUGGUGAUUCUUUCAGCCAGACCCAAGGAACGAAAACUGAUGGAAGGCAUUAGGAGCAACUUGUAUAAGGGUGUCAGUUCAGCUCUGCCUGAACUUUCCACACUCAGGGUGGAUGAAGUCUACCAUGAUGUUCCAAGUGAUGUGGCUCCACUGAUAACAACUAUGGCUAUGGACAUUAAUGUUCCUCUGGUUGACUCUGCAUUUGGAAACGUGCCAGAAGGAAGUGUGUUAUCCUAUCAUAUGCCAGCAAAAAGAGUUCCAAAAACCUGUCCCCACACAGAUGCUCCUUCUCCCCCACAGCUGCCACUUCAGGGUUACAGGCUGGGACCCUCUACCUGCUCUUUUGUCUGCACUGAACAUCAGCAGUACCACAUGAUGUCCCUUGAAACAACAUUAGAGAACGCACACAAAAUUGCCAACAGCACAAAAGAGCAGAGUUUCCUGCAUCGAGUGGCACCAACUGAGGCGGCCCCGCAUCACCUCCUCCAAGUUCAGAGAGGUAUGUCACACCAGGGCACAGAGCUCUGCUGA